CCUGUUGACUUCCUGGAAACUGAAAGAAUUUUUUUUGAAGAAGUAGUUGUCUCUGACAUCACUAAACUGCAUAGCAAGUUUGUGAGUGGUUAGUCUGGGGGUAACAGAGGAAGCGACUCCUUCACAGAUAAGCAGGCAGUGUAAUUGAGAGACACAUGCUGCUUCAUAAGGAUACGCCAGAUUUCCAGAAAUAACCAUGUCUUUGUGGCUUAAACUCUUGGCAUUUGGCGUUGCCCUCCUGUGUCAGGAUCAAGAUGCUUUUGUCAAAGCAGGAAAUGAAAAUGGGGCAUCUUCCAGCUUUCCUCCCUCCCUUACGUCUCCUCCACCUACACGCUCCAUGUCACUCUCACCUUCAGGCACCACUAAAGGAGUUCAGGAAGUGGCAACAACUGGUGUCUUCCCCUCAGACAGCACACACCUCUCCAUGCACACAGGCUCCGACCCAGCCACGGGACCCAGCAACUCACCACGCAGCAGCCCUGCUGCCCUUACCACACGCAUUCCCACUGCCUUCAGUCAUGCUCCAUCAGAUGAUAACAAAACAACAUCCUUGCACAGCACCACCUCACCAGUCAGCAUGCCAGCAAGCACUGGGAUCAUCCCCAAUCACACAAUAGUAAGUCCCUCAAUGACAACUGAAGAACCUUGUGGUGAUGAUGUGUCCUACAUCAUAGGAAAUGAAACAGACGAGAAAAACAUGGUUGAAGUUACACUGAAUAAUCUCCAAAAAAACAGAGAAUAUGCUAUUUGGCUCAGAGAUGAGGUGAAGUUGUCGGUGAAUGUCAGCACCAACACAGCAAAACUUAACAUAUGCGAAAUAUAUACAGUUAGAUCUAAAAACUGCCAAGACAGGAAUAUAAUUAUUCCACCUGAUAAAAGAAAGUGUUCUUUAGAAGAGAAGAUUGUUGAAAGCACACAUGCAUGGUUGUGUUUCAAAAACAAUACCUCAGCUACAGAUUGUCCAUGUGCCUGUAGUAAUGCGACUGUUAGCUGUGCAGGAAACGAUUGGAAAUUUGAUGGAUAUUGCGUACUAAUGGACAAAUUAUCACCCGACUCUAAUUACAAUUGCAAUCUUAUAGUAAAGUAUUUUGAAACAGUGUUUGUCAACAAAUCCUUCAGUAUAAUAACGGAAUAUGAUGCUCCAGAAAAACCAGGAAAUCUUACAGUACAAAGUUUUACCAAAAAUGCAACAGUUAAAUGGAGACCAUUUAACGGGACUUCAGUGCAUUCUACAUAUGGCUAUAUUAUAAACUGCAAUGGCACUGUUAACAGGACAAAUGACACGACUGAGUUUACUUGUGAUGAAUUAAACCCUUAUGCCAAAUUUAAUGUGUCUGUAGCUGUGUAUAUACAAGGCAGAUAUAGGGAAAUUGUGGGAAAAUACAGCGAAAUCAGUUCUACAACAAAUCCAGGAAAACCAGAUGCAGUGACUGACUUCAAUCCACGUCUGACAGACGAUAAUGUCGUCAACAUUACCUGCAAAAAUCAACAAGUGCACGGGAAAGAAACAUGCUUUCUAUUAUCCUGGUACAAAGAAGGUGAACAAGCGAAAAAAGUUAUAAAAAGGCAGAACAAUUGUGAUUUUGAAAUAGAAAAUCUCUCAUACUUGACAAAUUACACCUUUGAGAUCCGUGUGUUUAAUGGCGAAUGUGAAGGAGAUCCAGUAACUCGGAGUAUAAAAACCAGAUAUAACUCUAGGGCCCUGAUCAUAUUCUUGGUGUUCUUGAUUGUUGUGACGUCAAUUGCUUUGCUAUUGGUUCUGUAUAAAAUCUAUGACCUUCACAAAAAAAAGCUUAGCAAUUCUUCUGAAGACAUCAGCCUCGUAGGAGUUAAAGAUGAUGAAAGACAGCUUCUGAACAUAGAGCCAAUACCUUCUGAGAAAUUGUUGGAGACAUAUAAGAGGAAGAUUGCUGAUGAAGGAAGACUUUUCUUGGAUGAAUUUCAGAGUAUUCCUAGAAUUUUCACUAAAUUUUCAAUAAGGGAGGCCAAAAAAAGCCAUAAUCAGAACAAAAACCGUUACAUUGAUAUCCUUCCAUAUGACCAUAACCGUGUUGAGCUCUCUGAGAUACCAGGAGAUCCAGGAUCAGACUAUAUCAAUGCAAGUCAUAUCGAUGGCUUCAAAGAACCAAGAAAAUAUAUUGCUGCACAAGGCCCCAAGGAUGAAACCACAGAUGAUUUCUGGAGAAUGAUCUGGGAGCAGAAGGCAACAAUUAUUGUCAUGGUUACUCGCUGUGAGGAAGGAAACAGGAACAAAUGUGCCCAGUACUGGCCAUCAAUGGAGAAUGGCUCUGCGACAUAUGGGGACAUUAUUGUGAAGAUCAAUGAAAGUAAAAUGUGUCCAGACUAUAUAAUUCAGAAACUACAUAUCACAAAGGGAAGAGAAAGGACAGCUGGUAGAGAAGUCACUCACAUUCAGUUCACAAGUUGGCCAGAUCAUGGAGUUCCAGAGGAUCCUCAUCUCCUUCUUAAACUCCGACGCAGAGUUAAUGCUCUAAGCAACUUUUUUAGUGGCCCAAUAGUGGUUCAUUGCAGUGCUGGUGUUGGGCGCACUGGAACCUAUAUUGGAAUCGAUGCAAUGCUGGAGGGGCUGGAUGCAGAAGGCAGAGUGGAUGUUUAUGGCUAUGUUGUGAAGUUGCGUCGGCAGCGGUGCCUCAUGGUUCAAGUAGAGUCACAGUACAUCCUUAUCCAUCAAGCGCUAGUGGAAUACAAUCAAUAUGGAGAAACAGAGAUCAGUCUCUCAGAACUGCAUUCCUAUCUUAACAAUCUGAAAAGAAAAGAUCCUCCAAGUGAUCCUUCUCUGCUGGAGGCAGAAUUUCAGAGACUGCCUUCCUAUAAAGGCUGGCGGACACAGAACACUGGGAAUCGAGAAGAAAAUAAAAGCAAAAAUAGGAAUGUCAAUACAAUUCCAUAUGACUUCAACCGAGUGCCAAUCAGGAAUGACGAGGAACAAAAUAAGGACGGUGAACAUGAUUCAGAUGAUUCUUCAGAUGAAGAAAGUGACUGUGAAGAAUCAAGCAAAUACAUUAAUGCUUCCUUCAUAACCGGUUACUGGGGUCCAAAAGCCAUGAUUGCAACACAGGGACCACUGCAGGAAACUAUCUCUGACUUCUGGCAGAUGGUAUUCCAAAGAAAAGUAAAAGUCAUUGUUAUGCUGACAGAGCUAAAAGAAGGAGAUCAGGAACACUGUGCACAGUACUGGGGAGAAGGCAAACAAACAUAUGAUGGCAUAGAAGUUCAAAUGACGGAUGUCAACUGUUGUCCUAGCUAUACGAUACGAGCAUUUGAUGUUACACAUCUGAAGAGGAAAGAAACACAGAAGGUGUAUCAGUAUCAGUAUCACAGGUGGAAUGGCUUGGAUGUUCCAGAAGAUCCUAAAGAUUUAGUCAGCAUGAUUCUAAACCUUAAACAAAAAAUCCCAACCAGACCAGCCUCUGAGGACAACAGGAACAACCGCAGUGUCCCACUUGUCGUCCACUGCCGUGAUGGAUCACAGCAGACUGGUGUAUUUUGUGCUUUAAUGACCCUCUUGGAAAGUGCAGAAACAGAAGAAGUAAUAGAUGUUUUCCAAGUAGUAAAAGCUCUUCGUCGCACCAGGCUGGGAGUGGUCUCCACCUUUGAACAUUACCAAUUUCUGUAUGACACCAUUGCCAGUAUCUACCCUGCACAGAAUGGACAAAUAAAGAAGAACAGCCAGCAGGAAGAUAAAGUUGAAUUUUGCAAUGAAGUAGAAAAAAAAAAUCAGGAAACUGAUUUGAUCACUAUUGAUCUUACCCCAUCAACACCAGAGGAAAAUGGGGUUUCUGAAGUCUGUGAAGAUUCUAAGGCUGCAGAUACUACCAUGGGAACAGAAAGCUCAACAAAUGGCCCCACAACUCCAGUUUUAACUUAGAUUUUUUUUUUUUUUUUUUUUUUUGCUAAAUAAAUAAACAGUGCAUUUUCAUGUGCAAAAAAUCUUAACCAAAAUAAGAAGUAUAUGAUUUUUUUUUCCCUCUUCAUACCUUUUUGGAAGGCAUCUAUUUUUAUAUCAGAUUUUCAAAGUUACAGAUUUAAAGGAAUACUUGAAACUUGUAGAGAAUGACAAAGAACUGUGAAAGUUCAUUUUUUUGUGUAGAUUUGCAUUUAAUUCUUCAAAAACUUUUCACUGUUUUUAUGCUUUUCAUUUUAAAAAUAUGUACAGUGUAAUACUAUGUUCUUAUGUUGAGCAGUGGGAAGUGUGUUUUGUUUUUUUUCUAAAAAAACUUCUGUAACAAGGAGGAAAACAACUCAACACGGCAAGAAUAGUGUCUUGCUAAAACAGGCCUGUCUUCAAAACUAUUAGCAAGUACUCUAAUUGGUAAGCAUAUGUUCUAUCACUUCAGGAGUGCUGACCAAGCACUGUUCUAAUAAGUGGAAUUUGUGGGACUUUGCCAAACAACUUCAAGAGUUUAUUGUUUACAUUGUGUGCUAAUUCCAAGGGUCAGAUUUUCAGUAAAUACUCCCAAAUCAAUGUGGAAUAGAAGUUUUGCAUUUUUCUAACUUGCCUCAAGAUGUCCUUGUUGCUCCAUAUAAAUUCAUCUGAGAUUUCAAUAUUAGAUUCAAAGCAGAAAGUGGAGAUUUGAAUGAUAACAGUUCUGAAAGAAAACACUUUCUGUUUACUCUUAGAGCAUGAAAUACUGUGUACUUGCACAUUUACUUUGUAUGCUUAUAUCCUGUAAUUUAAAGAGACUACUUCCAUGAAUGCAUAUGACCUGUUUUCAGAGUAGAUGCUUUUUUCCAAACCGUGUAGAUUUCAACUAGUACAAUGAUUUUUUUUUUUUUUAAUUAAGAGAUUUUUUAUGUUAUAGUUGUGAUAAUUCUACUGUUUCCUGCUGAAUUUUAGCCUACUGUUUUUAAAACAAAUAAAAAGAUUAAUUAACAGUUAACAAGGU